GUUUGACAAUCGUCGGAUAAUAUUUUAAGAUUCGGAAGAUAACUUAUGCUGAAAUCAUGGAUUUUCAAUUUUGAUAGGAGUGUUACCACAAGAUGCGAAGCGCCUUGGUCCGCCACCACAACUACCUCCUCCUUCGCCAACGAUGCACCAGUUGUUAUCUGACGCAGUCUCCGCGGUCCACGAGGUGUCCAUUCACGCACUUGGCGGGUCGGCUGCCCAACCAUGACCGCUGUUGAAUUCUGGACUCUGUCGAUCGGUUUCCAUAAACGUAUAAAAUUUAUCACACGCGUAUUUAUAACUGCAGCACCGCAAGUAUUGGUGAAGAAUUCAUAUACUGUGGAAAAUAUAAGAUUUUGAAGUAUAUAGGUAUUUUAGUACUUAUAGUGCGCGUGCACGUGACGUUAUGAUUGUGAAUGUGUCCAAACUUCAACAAAUUAUGAGUUUUGUGGUACUGGCUGCAGUGAUAGUGGCUGGCGUGCAAUGUUCCAAUCACGAGGCCGAAAAACGGGUCAUGCACAACAACAAUGACAGUACUAUGCGGAUAAAAGCGCAAUCCCGGAUAUCUAUGUCAAAAGGUGGUGGAUACGGUGCUAGAGUCCAGAUCCGCGAGGAUAAUCAUGGACGGAAGCACGCGCAUGCAAUGGCCAUUUGUGAUUGUAAUGGACAGGGUCCAUGGAGGCCGCUGUUCAAACCAUCGGAAAUCCUCAAGAGCGAAUUUCCUGAACACGAAUCGUUCCACGAAGAGAUAGACACUCAUUACCGGAACUUAAUAAAUGACCACGUGGAUAAUAACUUGCGGUCGUCGCAAUCACCGUCGUCCGAACACAUAUCCUCUGAAUUAGACAACGGCGGGUUCAGUAGCGGUGGCAUUAGCUUCAACGGUGGCGGUUACGGCAAUGGCGUCAGUGUUGGGAAUGGUGGAAUCGCUGGUGGUGUUGGUGCAGGAAUCGCCAAGAAGCAUAACCACAUGAUACACUUACACCUGAUCCCGCAUAUUUACGUGCCCAUCGUGCACUCGGCUGGUUUCCCCGAGGUCAAAAACUAUCACGCGACCGUCGAGGACGGGUCUUCACUAGCGUCUCCCAUCCACAACUCGGUGGAUACGUCAUCGGAGUUCCAGGUCGGGGACGUGUCCACCACCGGUGGCGUGUCUGGCCCGUCCGGAACUUCUAGUUCUGGUGGUACCGGCGGCGAAAGUCCCGCGUCCGUCACUUCGAGUGUGACCGGUGACCACGAUCCCAGUACCUUUAAUGGACACUCGGGCGAGACGACAUACUACACGAUAUCCGAUGACACCGUUCAACACCUGCACCAGAACUUGCACGAACAUUAUGGCAACGGGGCCGAAAACAAUCAGAAUCACGACUACGAAGUGCCGACUAACGCGGUAUCCGAAGAACCACAUCAGUACCAGGUGCACGAGACCGACGACCUUACCAAGGACUACAGCAACAAGGACCACCACGUGACCAGCGUGCCUGCGACGUCUGCGAGCAAACCGACGGCGCACCACAACCACUACCAGCCACAGCAGCAGCCGCACCACAAGCACAGGAACGCCGUGGUCAAACCGAACCGGGGCAAGCACGGUCGCAAGUUGUCCAGCCGACAGGACCUGAAGAACCUGCUGGUGAUGCGACCGCCGCCCAUCGGGCAGACACAGACGUGGAGGUACGUGUACCGGCCCGCGAUGACCGGACAUCACCAACCGUUUUACCAGGCGAAGCAGCCGAUUCCGGUGAUCAAGACCAGGACGGUGCCGCUCAUCCUGCACAUCCGGCAGAGGUCGGACGACGAUUGAUACGGUUCUGUGUAAGCCGCGGACCGCUCUUGCAGUUUGUCGCUUAUCGUUUUCGCCGUCGAUUGAGUACGCCUGCGCGUGCACCACAGCGGUGUACUUGACGUUUUAAUGUGUAAAAAAAAAAAAAAAACAAGAGAAUAAUUUUAAUGAGAAAAUAAAAAACAUGUUUUUAACGAUUGUGCGGCAUCGGACAGCGACGACGGCGCGACCGUAUUUUUGUGAAUCAUACAUAAUAUAUUAUUUCAUAACUAUCGUAAGACUUCUUUCGUAUUAGCAUACAACGUUAUUAUUAUUAUUAUUUGUAUUAUUACUAUCAUUAUUAUUAUUAUUAUUAUUAUUUUUAUUAUUAUUAUCAUUAUUAGUAGAAUUUGAUGAUAGGCUAGUGAAUAAGAUAAAGAUAUAAAUAUAUAUAUCGGAGAACAGGCACGGUAAUAAUUUUCACAAUUGUAUUUCAGUUUCAUGAAAAUAAUGAUUUGAUUUUGGUAUUUUAUAUCGCGCUAAUACACACCAAUAUAAUAUCGCGUAGUCAUUAAUAAUUAUCAAUCGUCUCGUAACACGAAAUUACCCAUAAAUUCGAAUCGUAUGUUUAAAUACGUUUUUGUGUAUGUAAAACACGUUUUUCCGUAAUGUCAUUAUUAACGCGUUAACAUUAAACGGUCGAUUUGCAUAAAAUUUGUAAAAAUAAACUUAAAAUUGCAUUUUUUUUUUUAUAAUAGCAACGAAUGUUUCAAAAACUAGUUUAAUAAAUCACACACUAUGCCACGGGGGGGAGAAACGCUUACCUAUAAAUCCGAGUGCCCGGAGUACUUGACAACGAAAAUUGUAGUAAAUGUAACAACAACUUCUCGGCCCUGUUUAUUAGACACCGCUGUUAACGUUUAAUUAUUGUUUAAUCGUAGAAAUUAAAAACGCAUGUCUAACACGCCAGAAAAUUUCACUGUGAAUGAUGUUCGAUUUUAACUAGUUGUGUAUACUCUCUCGAAACGCGUUUCAAGCGCGCGUCUAAAAUAUACUUUAAAUUUUAAGUCAUUCCCUGGACGAGUUUACGGACAAUAUAAUAUAUUAUGUCAUAUUAUUAUUAUUAUUAUCCUAACCUAGCGCCUUAUGUUAUUAUCGGUUGCUUCGACGCGACUUUAUACUGUUAUUAGGCUUGUGAUAAAAUAUAUUAAUUAUUCUAUAUCGUUAUAAUUUAUAAUAAUUAUCAUUAUUUUUCAUCAAUACGACAUAAUCUCGUGUGUGUAAUGUUCGGGCUUGUUAAUUGUUUCAAUGUACUUAAUAUCAUUAUAUACUUAUAUGUAUUGGCCAUAGAGUUAAGCUCAAUUGUAAAACUAUUUUCUCUAAUUAAUAUACGGAUAUAUUGAUAAAAAAAAAAAAAAAAAAUGUUCUCUCUCGACGAUCUAUUGAAGAUGUACGAGAAGUAACCCAGUGGCCGACUGAACGACCGGAAUACCGGGAAAUUUCCUGGCGGGCCGCUGCUCGUAUAAAUUAUACAUUGAUUAUCAAUAUUAUUACUGUGAAAUUAUAAAUUAAAAUAAUAUCAUCCAAUAAGUACGCAAUAUUAUUAUUAAACAUAAAAACCAAGAUUUCUGAUUGUUAUGAAAUACGGGACCGUCAGUAUACGUACAUACCGAGGGCCUCUAAAAUCAUGAUUUUUCCGUGUUGUUUUUUUUCUUCCAGUCCGCCAC